AUGUGGAGUAAGAUACCGUUACGUGAGACCGAGUUGAGUCUAAGCAAAGUGUUGCGAUGCGGCCAAACUUUCCGGUGGAAGAACAUCCACAACGUGUGGUCUUUUUCCUUGCAGGACCGAAUCAUCCUUCUUAAACAGGACCAAGAAGCGCUAUAUUACUCCAGCAUACCCGGUAAACACCACCCGGGAGCAGCAAAUACCCCGGAAACACUCAAAUUCAUCAACGAUUACUUCACGCUACACAUCAACCUUGAAGAGUUGUACGCGAGCUGGAAGCAAAGCCACUCCAAAUUCCAACGGCCACGGCAACGACAGGAAGAUGCCAGCUCGCCAUUUGAAAGAUUCACGGGGAUCCGGAUAUUGCGGCAGGACCCAUGGGAAUGUCUCGUUUCUUUCAUAUGUUCCUCGAAUAACAACGUCAAGAGAAUCUCCAAGAUGUGCGAGAACCUAUGCGUCAACUUUGGCGAAUACGUCAAUGAGCACGAGGGCCACGCCUACUAUGCCUUCCCCACGCCGCAACAACUAUCAGGAGAUGAAGUCGAAGCCAAAUUGCGCGAGUUGGGGUUUGGAUACCGCGCGAAAUACAUCCAUCAAACAGCGAAAAAGUUCACGAGUCUGGCGUUUGUCGAUAUCACACGCGACAAGUUGGAUCUGCUCCGGGAUGCGUCGUACGAGGAAGCGCACGAGUUUCUCUUACAGCUCACUGGUGUCGGGCCCAAAGUAGCCGACUGCAUAUGCUUGAUGUCGCUCGAUAAGCACGAGGUGGUGCCGAUCGAUACUCACGUCUACCAGAUCGCGGUGCGGGACUACAAGUACCGGGGCAAGCGAGACGUCAAGACGUUGAACAAAGAGAUGCAUUUGAGCAUCCGUGGCUUUUUCCGCGAUAUCUUUGGCGAGUAUGCCGGGUGGGCGCAGUCGGUGUUGUUCGCUGCUGACCUCAGCGACCUCAACAACGGAACUAACGUCGUCGAGGUGGAAGCGGAGAAGACCACGCCCGUGGUGAAGAGAGAAAUCGCAGGUGACGUCGCUGAAGCGGUCAAGAAGAUCAAAGUCACUUCCGCAAUCAAGGUGGAAAACUAG